GCACUCACUGGACUAGAGCUGACAUGGCCUCACCUUGGGUAUUCAUCUGCCUUCUCUCUGCUCUUGCUAAAACAGGCUUUUCUCUCGAGUGCACACAAUGUAUGGCCAUCGGUCUCUCCUCCUGCACAGAGGGGCCAAUAAUAACCUGCCCACAGGGCCACGUCUGUACAAGUAUGUACCAGGAGACUAUCGAGGAUGGGAAGACAAAUGAGCUCUUGUACAGAUCUUGUGGCCCGACAUCUCACUGUAAUAAGACGGGAAGUUUCACCAUUGAGAAAAACAGUGCCAGAUUGGGCAUUUCCUGCUGUUUUACUGACAAAUGCUACCCCCCGCUGCCUCAGUUGCAGUCUGCUAGCACCCGAAGAAAUGGCAAAGUGUGCCAGAUGUGUUCUGAAGGCAAUGAAGCAUGUUCGGGAACCAAGACCAUAGACUGUGUCGGAAAUGAAAAUAAAUGCCUUCUCCAGGUCGCUAAAAUAAAAGCAGGUUCAGACGAAAAUGUGGAAUCCUUCCGUGGAUGCAGCACAAGAAGCAUCUGUGAUAUUGGGAACCUGAAUAUAAGUUUUGGAUUCCUGGAAAUGGAGUCGACAUUUCUCUGCAGCGGUGGAGCUAUAACCAUGUACAGAGGGCUGGACUUCUCGAUGAUAUCAGCGAUUGUGCUCCUGAUACUCCUGAAGUAAACACAUUGUCAGUACAGAUUAUGAAUACGUUGUCAUCCUCUUCAAGAGUUAUAAACUUUUAGGUGACAACUCCUGUGAGAGAUGUAAGCUU